AUGCGAGCCCGAAGGCAACAGACAAGGAUUCCCGCUGCACACAGCUCUGAUGGUCGUUAUGGACCGAAGGCUGUGCCAAGCUCUUCGGAGGCUUCCACUUCCUGGUUUGCACUAAUACCUCGAAGCUUGCUCGCGGCUGUUCGCGUUCCCUGGGAUGGGCUCUUUGACUGGGCUAGUCCCUGUGAGAACAAGAAGGCUCUCAGUUGCGCAGCAGCUGAAGGUAUGCGGGAGCAGAUUGAAUUGCUCGAGGAUGACGAUGCUGUUGUGCGCAGGCAGGCGGCAGAGGCCUUGGCAAGGAUGGGUCCUGCAGCUGUGCCUCAGCUGCUCAGCGUGCUGGAGGAUCAGAAUGAGGACGUGCGCGGUGGAGCUGUAGAGGCCGUGGGCAGGAUGGGUCCUGCAGCAGCAAUAGCAGUGCCGCAGCUGCUCAAAGCGCUGCAGGACGAACACGCCUCGGUGCGCUUUCGAGCUACACAGGCCAUAGAGGCCUUGCGCAAGAUGGGUCCUGGUGAAGUUUCUCUGCAGCUGCUCAAAGUGCUGAACGACAAAGACCAAUUCUCGCGGCGGCAUGCCGCGGAAAUCUUGGCCAAGAUCAAUCCUGCAGCUCUGCCCUGGAAGAGUUUGAUCCCUCCGCUUGCGCGAGUAGAUGCAGCAGAGCCAGCCCACGACAUCCUGUUGAGGCUUGCGUUGUCACAUCCCCAGUGCAGUGAGGACUCAAUGGAUCCAGUUGUUGCAGCUGCGGUGCAAGAGGCAAUACGAUUCAGUGAGCGCGAGGACGUGUUGUGGUUGUCAGUCACGGCUCUAUCUGCCGCGCUGAAGACAUCCCGGCCCAGCACCGUUUCACAGCGCCGCCUCGUGCAGCAAGCCCUUGUCAAGGUGCCCAUUACCGCAGUGGAAUGCAAACUCCACGAGCUGCUGGAAUCUGAGCCUGCCCAUGAUUCUGGAGAUCCACCUGAGGAAGACACGGGCCUGCCGGACUUCAGUGAAAUUUCUCUACCUUUGUAUAUCAGCAACAGCGGCAGCGACAAUCCAGUUCCCGACGAAGCACCGCUUGCUAAACCAGGAGGCCACCUGCCUCCAAAGAUCUCCAGUGCUAAAGCGGGCUCUUGCGAACGCAGUUCUGAGUGCGAGGAACCUUUGCAUCGGUACGGCCUCCAGAUGGCUCAGAACAAUGUGCAAGCUGUUUCAUCUGAGGGAUCGCGGAGCACUUGUCAAUCUGAAGGCCCUGAAGAAGCCUGUGCAGCGACCACGUCAGAAGAAGACUCUGCCAUCAGUGACGGAGUGCAUCAGGAGGUUCAAACUGACAUUGGGCGCUCAGCUCCUGCUUCAUGGUACCUUCUUGUGACUAGGCGACUGCUUGGAGGGUUUUGGGGGACUUGGUAA